UUAGUUAGAAGGUUUAUUUUGUCAUUUAGCAAGGAUUUUCUUUGGGAAGAAGCUGAGUCUGAUCGACUCAACCUCAACCUUCUUCUCCUGCGUUGUGUUGUGUUGUGCUCUCUCUCACGGUUUCAGAGACGCAGAGACUCUAACCCCAAAUUUCUAGGGUUUGGUACAGACACAACAACCGAAAAUGUCUCAGAAUGGGAAGCUGAUGCCGAAUCUAGACCAGCACAGCACCAAGCUUCUCAAUCUUACUGUUCUCCAGCGAAUCGACCCCUUCGUUGAAGAAAUUCUCAUCACCGCAGCCCAUGUCACCUUCUACGAGUUCAACAUCGACCUCAGCCAAUGGAGUCGCAAGGACGUUGAAGGAUCUCUCUUCGUUGUCAAGAGGAACACACAACCUCGAUUUCAGUUUAUUGUGAUGAACCGUCGCAAUACUGAGAAUUUAGUGGAGAAUCUCUUGGGGGAUUUCGAGUAUGAAGUUCAGGUGCCAUAUCUACUCUAUAGAAACGCUGCUCAAGAAGUGAAUGGUAUCUGGUUCUAUAAUUCCCGUGAAUGUGAAGAGGUUGCUAAUCUUUUUAGCAGGAUCCUUAAUGCAUAUGCCAAGGUUCCACCAAAGUCAAAGGUUUCUUCUACAAAGAGUGAGUUUGAGGAGCUAGAAGCAGUGCCAACUAUGGCAGUUAUGGAUGGUCCUCUUGAGCCACCAUCAUCAACUACUUCCAAUGUGGUUGAUGUUCCUGAUGAUCCAUCCUUUGUAAAUUUCUUCAGUGCAGCCAUGGCUAUCGGGAAUACUUCAAAUGUUCCAGUUACUGGCCAGCCUUAUCCGUCCUCUGCUACAAUAUCUUCAUCUUCAGUGCAAACUCAUGCUGCUACACCCACUGUGCCAACCUUACAGAUACCCCCGCUUUCAGCAUCUACUCCUCCAAUUCCCCAUCAUGAUGUUUCUGAAUCCAUCAGCAGUAAUCGAACCACAAAACUUGUGAAGCCUUCUUUUUUCGCCCCUCCCCCUUCUUCAGCAAUGAUGAUACCCCCGGCAUCUUCAUCCACACCUACUGCCCCUCCACUUCAUCCUGCUGUUAAUGUACAACGUCCAUAUGGUGCUCCACUGCUACAGCCAUUUCCACCACCAAAUCCACCACCAUCACUUGCUCCUGCUCCCUCUCCAAACUACAGUCAAGUUAUUUCUAGAGAAAAGGUUCGAGAUGCUCUUCUGGUGCUUGUUCAGGACAAUCAAUUCAUUGAUAUGGUCUAUAGAGCGCUGCUGAAUGCUCAUCAAUCAUGACUUUCAAGAGGUUUUAAAUUAGCAUCUCAUUGGAUGAAUUGUUCUUUUUUUGGGCUGAAUUACAUUUGCUAUAAUUUUUAGGCCAGGCUAUAUUAUGUCCUGAACUUUGAAAUGUUUCAGUCAUUUUCAAUUUGUAAAAUUGGUUGUGCUUUGUGGUUACCAUUUUGGUCUAGAUAGUUUCCUAUGUCACAGUUUUUUAGAGAAGGCGUUGCAAUUUAACUGGCAUGUCAAUUGUAGUGGCGUGACGUGACAGGAAAUGGUGGGGUCCAGAUGAAUGGUUAGCAAUUCGGAACUGAUUUCACAAAUUAUGUUGAUAGAUUGAAACAAAUCACCAAAUUGUGUAGGGGGGGUGCAUAGGUUGUUAUUGAGCCUUGUUUAUUGUGUAUUUUAUAAAUUGUUAUAUUGAGAAUACUUUGUAUAGCAAGCACCAUUGGUCAGUGUUUCAAAGAAAAUGGACUGCUGCAUAAUGCAAGUAUAUAUAAUCAGCCCAAUUUUUUUGAUGGA